AUGAGCGGUAUGCAACGCUGCUGCAUCCGAGAAGGCCGCGCACUUCAUCGGGACCUAAAAGAUGAACUAUCAAAGUGUCCACCGGAUGCAGCUAAUGGGGGCUUGCCGAAAGAACGACCCGAAUUGGAAGAGCGGCGUCGCAAUGUCGCCGAAAAAGUGGCUUUAUACGCGUCUGCUAGCAAGCGAUGGUUUCGCAUGCACGAGCAAUGGCGAGACGAAGGUUCUGAACAAUCCGACGCUGCAGACCAAGAUGGACUCAAGGAUCUGCUAUUGGAAGGGUUCGCGCGAUUCCAACUGAGGUAUAAAGACGAACAAGACUUGCUCAAGACUGGGAAGUCUGCUGUGACAUUAUGCCUGAUCAUAUCUAGACUACCAGCGUUCCAAACACUUCGAUUUUUGGACGCCGUCUCCGAUGCUGGAAAGGAUGAGUUUGAUGUCUGA